GACAAGAGAGGGGAUACUUAGAUGUUGAAGUUAAACCUUCCCAGCAGAAUUUCUUGUCAAUUUCACGCGGGCAAAAGGUGCUUCUUCGUGGGUUACAGGAAGCGCUGGGUCCUUCCUUCUCUCAGCAAGUUGCCUGAUUCUUUCCUCUAGGCGCGCGCACGCGCGCGCGCGCGCACACACACACACACACACACACACACACACAGCACUAGGACUCGUCCUACAGGCUCUGGGAAAAGAAAAAAAAGUCCUCAAUCACCACCUCCUUCUCGCCGUUCUCCCCCCCCCCCCCCCAGCGGGCGGCCGAGGAGAGCUGGAGGCGGGGGAGGGGAGGGGGAGGAGAAGCGACGCAAGUGGGUAGCUUUUCAGCGCCAGCCAGGCGCGGGAGGAGGAGAAGCAGUGGGGAGGCGCAGCCGCUCACCUGCGGGGCAGGGUGCGGAGGAGGGACUCGGGUUGAGCACUCUCGGUCCGAGGAGCCUGGACGCACCCGGAGCCUCGAACGCGGCCAAGCUCAGGGCACCCCCCUCUCCCUUCGGCCAGGCGAACCCGAAGGUGCAGCUCUUUGCUUUGACAGAGCGGCCCGGCGGAGGCGUGGAGAGCGGCGAGCGAGAGCGCCAGACUGAGAAACUCGAGCCGGGAACAAAGAGGGGUCGGGCUGUGUGUGUGUGUGUGUCGGCUCGAGCUCCACGCAGAAGCAUAUGGGUCCGAGGCCCCUGCUGUGAAUCCCCGAGACCCCGCCGUACCCUCCACUGCCGACUCCCAGCGCUCGCCCGCACAAACUUUAUUCUUGGCAAACUUCUUCUCUUUCUCUUCUCUCCUCCUCCCCCUCCACCACCUCCUCCUCCUCCCCCUCCUCCUUCCUCCUCCUCCUCCAGCAGAUUAAAUGCGCCUGGAGAAGGAAAACCGAAGCGAAAGGGAAGGAAAUAAGAAGCUCUAAAACGGACAUCUCCAAACCGGGUGGCUCUUUAAUUUUUUUUAUCCUCCAGGAAGUGGACUUUUCGUUAUCUUCUGAUUCUCCUUGUACCUUCUCUGCUGAGGCAAACGGAGUCUUUUUGCCCAGCUUGCCUCCUUUCUCGGAAAACAAACUCCCAAAUUGGCAACCGGGGAAGCUAGGGUGGAGAGGUUUGCGUAGAGACGCGCCGACGGACCCUCCUCUGCACUUGGGAGAGUCGUGCUUCCACCGGAACCGGCGUCCUCCGCGCGCAGACCCUGGAGACGCUGGGGGCGUGGGGUGGCCCCCGGGGCAGCCUAGCCUAGAACGCGCCACGCAGCGCAGACGCCCCCAGAGGCGCCGGCUGUAGCGGCCUUAAGCAGCCCCGUGCCCUUCGGCCUCGAGGGCGGGCGCAGGCGCCGGUCUCCGCGGAGCGGGAAGGCGCGGGCGGCCGCCGGGGCUCGGGCACCGCCGCAGCUGCUCCGGCCGCGGGCUGCCGGCCCCAUUUCCGCCCGCUCUUCGCCCUCACGCAUCCUUCCAGAUCUCCUUUUUCUCCUUCCUCUUUCGUUGAUCCCCUGUCUUUCCUGCUGUCGCCUCGGGUGCUCCUCCAGCGGAGCGGAGAUUACCGAGUGGUCGGGAUGCCCCAACUCUCCGGGGCCGGCGGCGGCGGCGGCGGGGGAGACCCGGAACUCUGCGCCACCGACGAGAUGAUCCCCUUCAAGGAUGAGGGCGAUCCUCAGAAGGAGAAAAUCUUCGCCGAGAUCAGUCACCCCGAAGAGGAAGGCGACUUAGCCGACAUCAAGUCCUCCUUGGUUAAUGAGUCUGAAAUCAUCCCGGCCAGCAACGGACACGAGGUGGCCAGACAAGCACAAACCUCUCAGGAGUCCUACCACGACAAGGCCAGAGAACACCCUGAUGACGGAAAGCAUCCAGAUGGAGGCCUCUACAACAAGGGACCCUCCUACUCAAGUUAUUCUGGGUACAUAAUGAUGCCAAAUAUGAAUAAUGACCCAUACAUGUCAAAUGGAUCUCUUUCUCCACCCAUCCCAAGAACAUCAAAUAAGGUGCCUGUGGUGCAGCCAUCACACGCGGUCCAUCCUCUCACCCCCCUUAUCACGUACAGCGACGAGCACUUUUCUCCAGGAUCACACCCCUCACACCUCCCUUCAGAUGUCAACUCCAAACAAGGCAUGUCCAGACAUCCUCCAGCUCCUGAGAUCCCUACCUUUUAUCCUCUGUCUCCAGGUGGUGUUGGACAGAUUACCCCACCUCUUGGCUGGCAAGGUCAGCCUGUAUAUCCCAUCACGGGAGGAUUCAGGCAACCCUACCCAUCCUCACUGUCAGUCGACACUUCCAUGUCCAGGUUUUCCCAUCAUAUGAUUCCUGGUCCUCCUGGUCCCCACACAACUGGCAUCCCUCAUCCAGCUAUCGUAACGCCUCAGGUCAAACAGGAACAUCCCCACACUGACAGUGACCUAAUGCACGUGAAGCCUCAGCAUGAACAGAGAAAGGAACAGGAGCCAAAAAGACCUCACAUUAAGAAGCCUCUGAACGCUUUUAUGUUAUACAUGAAAGAAAUGAGAGCGAAUGUUGUAGCUGAGUGUACUCUAAAAGAAAGUGCAGCUAUCAACCAGAUUCUGGGCAGAAGGUGGCAUGCCCUCUCCCGUGAAGAGCAGGCUAAAUAUUAUGAAUUAGCACGGAAGGAAAGACAGCUACAUAUGCAGCUCUAUCCAGGCUGGUCUGCAAGAGACAAUUAUGGUAAGAAAAAGAAGAGGAAGAGAGAGAAACUCCAGGAGUCGACAUCAGGUGGAAAACGAAGCUCAUUCCCAACGUGCAAAGCCAAGGCAGCGACCCCGGGACCUCUUCUGGAGAUGGAAGCUUGUUGAAAACCCAGACUGUCUCCAGGGCUUGCCCAGUCGACCCCAAUGGAGAAUUGACACCACCUUCACCCUGAGGUCACCGCUAGAGACGCUGAUCCAUAAAGACAAUCACUGCCAAACCCCCCUUCAUCUACUCCAAGAGCCAAGUUCCGAAAUCAAGCAUAAAAGGUUUCCCAGCCAAGCAGACAGAGCACCUGAGAACGCUAGCAGGCUGAGCAACUGCCCUCCCUCCUCUCCGCGUGCACUUCUCAGCACUUCCCAGAGCGUCUUGCGUCCACACCUGUAACCUUUUGGCAAGGACAGUAACUUGGCUACGUUUGCCUGCCAGGAGCAACCCGAGCCUGCGGCCGGCACGUCCUCACACCCCAGCGCGGAACUUUGUGGAAGACGUCCCUCUUUGUUUAGGUCUUCUUCUUUUUUUUUUUUUUUUUUUUUUUCUGCCUUUCUCCUGAAGCUUUUAUUUAACAGUGCAAAAGGAUCAGUCUUGUGUUUGCUUUUUUUUCUUUAAACUUGAAUUUUUUUUAAUUUACACUUUUUAGUUUAAACUUUCUUGUUGUAUAUUUUGCUAGCUAUGAGCUUUUAAGUAAAACUCAAAGAUCUGGAAAAGUUGGAAAUAAAAACGAAAAGAAGCCGCCCUUUUCUGAGCGGCAUCUUUUCCGGCAAGUGGCUUCUCUGUGAAUUGUAACAAAUAGUGGCCUCCCGUCUUCGUAAGGUGUUUGAUAGAGCUAAAUAAAUGUAACAGCUGAAUCCACGCCGUGGGUAGCAGUUGGCAGUCCUAUUUCAUUUUCUUUUUCUUCUGAUCUCCUUUGUUUAAAUGGUAAACCUUGACACAUACCGUCAGCAGGCCGGUUUGCAGUGAAUUUUCCUUUCUUUCCUUUUCACCCCCUUGUUGUAAAAAGCCCAGCACUUGAAUUGUUAUUACUUUCAAUGUUCUGUAUUUGUAUCUGUUUUUAUUAGCCAAUUAGUGGGAUUUUAUGCCAGUUGUUAAAAUGAGCAUCGAUGUACCCAUUUUUUUUUUUUU